GCUUCGGCGCAGCAUUUCAGGGCUGCAUGGCAUUACUUAUUCACUGUGCUCCUGGAACGCUUCCAGCCUUCCCAGCUCUGCCACCAGGGUACGGAUUCGUGCACAAGGCUGCAAUCCCCGGGGGCGAGAGCAGGCUGUAGGAAGGCGAUUAAAUGACAAAAUCCCGGUCUCCGAAGGACCGGCAGGGCUCUGGGAAGACCGGACCGGUAUCCUCGUCCCGCCUGCCUCCCUUCCCUCCUCAGGGUGACUCAGGCAGCAGCCGCACUCUGGAUGGAAUUCAUCGCUGGGGCCAUCGGAGGUGGUCUAAGCACAGCUGUGGGUUAUCCACUGGACACAGUAAAGGUGAGAAUUCAGACUGAGAACCACUACAGAGGAUUUUGGCACUGUGUUCAGGAAACAUACAGGACAGAAAAGGUCCGGGGGUUUUACAAAGGAGUGACAGCCUCAGCCCUCGCUGUGUCAGUGGUGUCCUCUGUUUCCUUUGGCACGUACAAGAACUGCCUGGGUGCCAUCUGCAGGCUGCGCUACGGGGCUGUGGAUGCCAGGCCAUCCCAGCUGGAUGUCUCUCUGGCUGGAGCUGCUGCCGGCGCUGCCCGGGUUGUGUUGACAAACCCAAGUGAAGUGGCUAAAGUUCGGAUGCAGACUCAGAGGAGCCCACACCCUUCCAUCACACAUCAGCCUGCUUCCAAGCCAAAGUACCAAGGGUCUCUGCACUGUCUGAAGGUUAUCAUCAAGGAGGAAGGCUUUGGGGGUCUCUACAAGGGCUGUUCUGCAUUACUGUGCAGGGAUUGCUCUGCUUCUGCAAUAUAUUUCCUUUCCUAUUCUGCUAUGUGUGACUGGCUCACACCAGAUGGGAGAAAUAAACCAGGUUUCCUCGUUGUGCUGCUUUCUGGUGGUUUUGCUGGAGUCCUGGCCUGGGGAUUAGCUACUCCCAUGGAUGUCAUCAAAUCACGCAUGCAAACAGAUGAAUCAGACCAGCACAAGUACAAAGGCCUGAUCCACUGUGUGAGGGAAAGUGUGAGAAAGGAGGGGCCAAAAGUGCUUUUCAAAGGACUGGGUUUAAACUGCAUCCGUGCCUUUCCCGUGAACAUGGUAGUGUUUGUAACAUAUGAAGGUGUACUGAGAUUUACAGAUCGUUAUAUAAAGAAAAAAUAGCU